AUGUUUUCAAAAGCGAGGCGUAGAGGCGAUGCGUUUUUAGUCUCGUUUUGCAAGGCGUAUUGGACGCCAAUGGGUCCUCUGACGCUAGCAGUGGAUUCAAAAAGCUGUUCAGGAACUUCAUCAAAUGAAUAUAGCAAGAAAACGCAGUAUGCUCCUAUAGGAACACGGAAGUCUUUUGCAUCAGUCAGCUUGCAUGAAGAUAAGCCAUUUGAUUUCUUACGCACUUUAUUGGCUGCAGUUCAUUAA